CGCCAGUUGUGCACGAGACAGUCGUCGACGAGCUUUCGGUUAUGACGGUCACGUUGUUCCCUCAGCUGUUCAUAGUACAAACAGAACCACCACUUGGCCGGCGCACUGCCGCGGUCAUAAAAGCAGCUUGCUUCAACGGCCGUGCUCGUACCAGUUGAACCAAUAAGGCAUGUGAGAGUGGGAGUCGAGAACGACGAAAGCGAAUGUGACAAAUUGCAUUUGUGAUCGGUAAAGAGAGAAUUGAAAGAAAGUGCAGUGAACGUGCGCGCUCAAACGCGACCGAAUGGUAUCUGAAACAUUGUGACGUUUCUUCUUUGUUUUUUAUUGUGUGUUCGCGAACGAGCUUGCGUUCCGAAUCAUCGCCUUAUCUGCAUUUGCCAUGACCACUCCGACGCCCUGUUCGCCGUCGCGGUCUUCUCUGAGCUGCUGCCAGUUCGACCAUAGCAGCCAAGACGAUAUGCGAGACUCGGCUAUUAUAAGCAACAACAAUUAUUUCCUACAACAGGAGAAGCACUCCUUCCCAAAGAGGCCCGAACUUGACUUGACGUUCCGCGAUAUACGCUAUCGCGUUAAGGAAUGGAGCGUACGCAACUUCUCAAUCAGCGAGAAGGAAAUUCUGCACGGCAUAAGCGGCGAAUUUAAGUCUGGCGAAUUAGUGGCUAUUAUGGGGCCAUCCGGAGCUGGAAAGUCGACGCUGCUGAAUGCGCUUGCUGGUUUCACUGUAUCAGGUGUAAGUGGUGAAGUUCUGGUCAACGGUAAGGUUCGAGUACCACAUAGUGAACGAUGGAAAAGGACGUCGUGUUAUAUACAGCAAGACUCCAUUAUCAGAACAUUCAUAACCGUGGGAGAAGCCAUGACUUUAGCCGCUCAUUUGAAGCUUGGUUACACAAUCAGUUCCGCUUAUAAGCAUUCUCAGGUUUUAGAACUCUUGGAAAUGCUAGGACUGAGCCAUUGUUAUGACACGUUAUGCGGAAAAUUAUCGGGUGGACAAAAGAAACGGCUUGAUAUCGCCUUGGAACUCUUAACUAAUCCUUCAGUAUUAUUCCUCGAUGAACCAACGACUGGUCUGGAUUCCUCUUCGUGCAGCCAAUGCGUCGCUCUUUUGAAGCGGUUGGCGGAAUUAGAAAGGCGUACGGUAAUCUGUACGAUUCAUCAGCCAAGUGCCUUGCUCCUGGAGAUGUUUGAUUCCUUGUACGUGGUGGCUAAUGGUUAUUGCAUAUACAGAGGCUCGGUUAGCUCGUUGUUACCGCACCUGACUUCUGUCGGUGCCCAUUGUCCGCCUUAUCACAAUCCAGCUGAUUUCGUCCUCGAGGUUGCGAUCGGCGAAUAUGGUAUUUCGCUCAAUAAACUGGUGGCAGCGGCGGAAACUUUACCAACUAAUCAGAAAACGAUCGCUCUUACCACGAGCUUGCCUGAAGAAACAAACAGAAUCAAGGAACCGCCACCACCUGCCGGUUUUCUGACGCAGUGCUACCUUCUGUACAAAAGGCAACUACUAAGUAUAAAAAGAGACUACUCGUUAUUGCUGGCGCGAUUGCUCUGUCACCUACUGAUUGGUGUGAUCUUCGGGUACCUGUACAUGGGAAGUGGCUAUCGAGCUAAUGUCUUAGCAAAUUAUGUUUAUCUAUAUGGAUCGUUGCUUCUUCUCGUUUACACCGGCAAAAUGGCUGUUACUCUUGCUUUCCCACUGGAGAUGCAAAUUCUCGUGAGGGAGCAUUUCAAUCGUUGGUACCGGCUGGCGCCGUAUUAUAUCAGCAUAUUGAUGAUCGAGAUACCCUUUCAAGCGGCAUGUGCGUCGUUGUAUCUGGCAGUGAGCUACUGGUUGACUGCACAGCCCAUAGAAACGAAUCGGAUAAUAUUCUUCAAUGUAGUUAGCAUAGCUGCCAGUUUGACGGCGCAAGCAUGGGGUUUCUUCAUCGGCGUUACUACGCCAAUUAAGAUUGCCGUCUUCAUUGGCCCGAUAAUCGCAGUACUGUUCUCCAUCUUCGGCUUCUGCAUACGUUACUUCGAUACGCCACAAGCGUUCCGCUGGAUGUUCCAUAUAUCAUAUUUCCGUGCUAGUUUCCAUAAUUUGAUAUAUUCUGUAUACGGAUACGAUAGAAAGGACUUAAUGUGCGACGAAUUUUAUUGUCACUACAAGAAACCAAGCACGUUUCUCAAAGAAAUAGAAAUCAAUGACAUAAAUGUGAUUAAUAAUCUGGUACUCGUCCUCGGUAUCGGGGUGCUGAUGCAUCUUCUAACGGCCAGCGCGCUUUGGUGCAAGCUCAAUAGAAGAUGAAUCAAAUAUGAUCCUAUCAAAUACAGUAUUUGUGGUAUUGCGGGCAGUCCCUUUGAGAAACGACAUAAAAGUUCUGAGACGCUUUCCUCACGGGAAACGCGAAAGUAUAAAUAAAUCCCAUAAGAGAAAUUUUGGAAACUCUAAGAAAAUUGGAGGGUCGUAUUAGUAGUCAUUAUUUCUUUAGACCUUAAUCUCGCUGGAUACGAGAUGUUCUACGGCACUUUGAGAAUGUUUUCUAUCAAAUC